GUACACCCUAUAGAAUGCGUGGGUUUCAUUGACCGUCUAUUGUCAGAACCCACUGACAAAACGAGGAGGGAUUGGCAGGGAUGAAUCACCUGUCUAAUAAUAAUUGUCGCAAUUGAGAGAUUUAUGUUUCGUGUGACAUCGAGGCGCGAUUUCUCGUUGAUCUUCGAUUAAUUCUGCUAAAUGAGAGACGUGCACGUGCAUGACGAUGCGCCGUCAUUAGUGAUCGUAGCCGGUGUCGCGCGACGUCGUCAACGAUAUGGCGACUGUCAAAGUAACGGAGCAGAAGGUUAUACUGUGCGGCGAGUACGGAGUAGGCAAGACGUCAAUAUUUCGACGCUUUGCUAACAAUACGUUCGUUGCCAGUAGCGAUCGUAAGUCGACCCUGGGUCUCGACAAUAUCGAUAAGGAAUACGUUGUUGAAGACAGACGAAUACGGCUACAAUUAUGGGACACUGGUGGUAUGGAAAGGGUUGCAUCCGUUACCUCAAGUUAUUACAAGUUUGCAGAGGCUGCUAUUUUAGUGUUUGCCCUGGAUAACUCAACGUCGUUUCAUUUAUUAUCUCAACACUUGCUUGACAUAGUUACAUAUGCAGAAAAUGCAAAAAUAUUCCUUUGUGGGAACAAAAGUGAUGUGGAAAGCGUUGCACCGCAAGUCACAGAUGCAGAGAUGGAACAAUUUUGUGAACAAUGUCAUAAUCUGAUUUCGGGAAUAUACAAAACUUCGUGUAAAACUGGUGAAGGAAUUAAUGAGAUGUUUGAGGAUAUAGCACAACAUCUGGUGGAAGCUAAUCGGUCGCGAAUGGAACUUCACGAGAUGGACAAGGAUCGAUUUAAAAUUUCCUACAUCGACGAAGCAGCUGACCCGUCAUGUUUAUGUUAAUCUGUGAUCACAAACACGACAUGUGUAAUUCUUUGAGAACUACCAAGGCUCAACAUGAAUUAUAACAUAAAUUUUUAUAUCAAACAUCUAUCACAUGUGACUUUUCUAUGAGGAAAAGUUACAAAAAGAGAGGAUGGAAGAAUGUACGAACGUGAUGUACAUAUAUAAUGACGUAUCGCGAUCACAGAUCGAAUCUAACAUACAUGACGGUGAAGACUUUUAAAUAAAAAUUUAUUAUUAUACGUUGUAAGAAAUUAUACCUCUUGCUCGACUAGGCUUGAUCUAUUAAUGUAAUUUACGAUUGAUAUUAUUAUAUAUAUUUAAUCAACAUACAUACUAUGUAUACUUAAAGUCGUAAAGACUACACGCGAUAAUGAGGCACUAGUGCUGAGUCCAGUUGAUAGUUUUCAAGUCCACACCACUUUCCAUCAUUUCCCACAAUGGGCUGUAAAAGAACAAGCGAAUGAAGAUUAGAGUUUUGGUACUUAUUCUUGGUGUCACGUCGUCACGAUUAAUACAUAUGCGUAGAGAUAGAAAUAAUCACACGAUCUCAUGAAACGUCCAACGAUAAAGUUGUUCCCUCCAUGAAACGAGAUUACAAACGUUUCAAAUUGUUAAAUCGAAAUAACUCAUAAGUUUAAAGCAUAGAUCCUUCAUCACAUCUGACACUUGAAAAAAAAAAUAAACGUUUAUAUGAUAAUUAA